GUUCGCCUGACUUUCUGUAUCAUUAUAUAUAUGUUCAAGCAUAUUUUGUGAUCAACAACAGAGAAAUACGGAACGAUGACUGUAACAUUUUCUUUGUUUUACAUUCUGUUAAUUCCACACAUAAUUUGUAGCGAAUUGAAUGUCGUCUACGAUGAGUCCACGGAUAAUUAUUCGUUGCUUGAGGGCAUUGGAAAUGACGUUAAUCGAGUGGGAUGGGCUUCAUUUGUGGACAAUAUAACUGAAACUGGAUGGUCAACACUUGAAAUUCACACGAAUCCACAUUUUCCGGAUUCGAUUCAAGCAUAUUAUGCUGGCUUAAUGGAAGGUGCGAUCACCCGCAACCUGAUCAAAGAUCACUAUGAGAAUACCAUUGGCGAUUAUUGUAAAGAUAAGUCAACGUAUUGUGAUAAGCUAAAGAAGUUUUUGGAAGAGAAUGUUUCGUACAUGAAUGGAAAAGUUGAUAAAAAGCAACACAAGUGCUCCUUCUGGUACCAUGUUGGAUUGAUUCUUCAACAAGCUGCCGGUCUCGAGGAUGGUUUUUUGGGACGAAACAAUUUGAAACCGCAUAGAAACAUAUCAGUUUUUGGACUUUAUUUAAUUGGAAUAUCAGGAGAUAUGGAAGAUCUAGAAGUAGUUCUCGAUAAACCAGCCGAUUUAAAACGUAUAUUGGGAGUUGGUAAAUGCUCUGCUCUUAUAAAAGUCUUACCAAAUUACCAGGAUAUUUACACGUCACAAGUAACAUGGAGCGAUCUGGUUUCAAUGCUACGCAUUUUAAAACAUUACAAUCUUGGAUACCACGUGCUACCGACGAAAACUGCUGACCUGAUUCCCGGCCGUUCGACGUCGUUUUCUUCGUACCCCGGCACAUUACAAUCGGGCGAUGAUUUUUACAUCAUUUCAUCGGGUUUGGUAACACUCGAAACAACAAUUGGCAACAGCAACAAUAGUUUAUAUAGUUCAAUCAAAGCAAAUGGAAUAGUUCUCGAAUGGAUUCGUUCUAUAGUUGCAAAUCGUCUAGCCACAAAUGGUUCAUCGUGGUCAUCAUUGUUUUCAAAAUUCAACAGCGGAACUUACAAUAAUCAAUGGAUGAUCGUUGAUUAUAACAUGUUUGUUCCUGGACAACCGAUUCCUGAGUCCGGAAUUUUGACUGUAGUGGAACAAAUACCAACACUUAUCGUGACUGCUGAUAAAACGGAUGUCCUCAGAAAUCAAGGCUAUUGGCCUUCGUACAACGUUCCAUAUUUCAAAUCUGUUUUCGAUUUGAGUGGAAAUCAAGAGAGUGUUGACACCUAUGGAGAUUGGUUUACAUAUGAUUACAAUCCACGAGCAAACAUUUUUCGGCGAGAUCAAAGUAAAGUGACUGAUAUUGAGUCAAUGAUCAAACUGAUGCGCUACAACAACUACAAAAACGACGAAUUAUCGAAAUGUAACUGUACACCACCAUAUUCGGCCGAAAAUAGUAUUGCUGCGCGAAGUGAUCUCAAUCCGCCUGAUGGUAUUUAUCCGUUUGGAGCACUCGGUCAUCGAUCGCACGCCGCUACUGAUGCCAAGAUAACGAACUAUGAAAUGUUUAAGCAAAGACAAUUUAUCGCCGUCGCCGGGCCACCACAUGACAAUGUUCCACCGUUUCAAUGGUCUACAUCUGAUUAUCGAAAUUCAAGCCAUAAAGGUCAUCCGGACCUGUGGCUUUUUCAGCCAGUUGUUCAAAUUUGGAACACAACUGGAAACUUUUGAUUCGAAAUCUCCCAUUUUUAGUUUAGUUGAAAUGCAUACCCUGUAAAAUAAACAUGACUUGAUGCCACGGUAAGCUUGAAAUAAGCUUAACGCGAAAAAAAACUCUUCAAAAAAUAAA